AUGCUCCAGCUGCUUGCGCUCCAAGGAAGUUCACAAGGUGUUGAAAUCAGCCGUCUACAUUCUGAUCGUUCUGUUUCUGGCGUCGAAGCUGCCAGAAGAGGCUCCUGGGCUCUUGCCGCAGCUGUAUUCCAAAGAGACGGCGCCUACUCUGCGCACUCCUCCGGAGCGGUGCCGGCUUUAAUGUCAGUGUUUUCAAAGUUGCGGCUUUGGCAAGAUUCACUUGCGGUGCUGCGUGAGGUGCGAAAGGUGUCUGUGGAAGUGAACGUGAUCAUCUUCAGCUCCAGCCUGGCAAGCUGCUCCAAGAUUGGCCUGUGGACAGAAGCGGGAUGCCUUCUUGAAGAGAUGGCCCAAUUUGGUGUCUCAAGCUCUGCAUGGACGUGGAACCCAACCAUCACAGCGUGUGGUCGAGGUCUGCAUUGGCAGCACGCGGUGGCGACCCUGGCUCCGGAGAUUCUGCACCAUACCUCUCUGUACAGCAACACCUUCAAUGCUGUGAUCAGUGCGCUUGCCACCAGCAGAGUGUGGUACGCGUCUUUGGAUAGUUUCAGUGCCAUGGAAACACUACGAGUAGCGCCGGAUAUGACAACGUACACAUCAAUUGCUGACAGCGUCGGAAGCAAUCUUUACUGGACAAGAGCCCUGCAGCUGUUUCACCAGCAUGUCCAGAGCGGGUUACGGAUGGAUGCUGCCAGUGUGAAUGCGGCCAUCAGUGCAUGUGAGAAGUCGUCGAUGUGGCAACAUUCCUUGGGUUUGCUUUCUAAAAUGUCCGGGUGGCAGCUGAGCAGGAAUGCUGGCAGCUAUAACGGUGCCAUCAGUGCCUGCGGGAAGGGAUUCGCAUGGAAGAUUGCUGUUGCACUUCUCAAAGAGAUGGCACAGUCUCCACUGAGCCCUGAUACAAUAUCUUUCAACGCAGCUUUAAACGCCUGCGACAAGAGUGGCCAAUGGGUCCUUGCUAUCGACCUUCUGAGAAGGAUGCAGCAGGAUGUUGUUCGAGCGGAUGCGAUCACAUAUACUUGUGUGUUGGGUGCGUGCGAACACUCUUGUCGCUGGGAGCUCAUGCACUGCCUCCUGCACACGGUUAUUGACGGAGGUUUCGAUGAGUGGACACGAACAGAUAUUGACUAUGUGCACUACUACCAGGCUGGAGCGCCAGCAGACUGCCUGAAGCAUCUCAUCCUCUGCGCACUGCUUGAGCAUGUCGUACAAGAUGCGGAGUCAUUCCUUUACAUUGACACGCAUGCUGGUUCUGGUUUGUACGACUUGAGAUCAGAAGAGGCCAUGCGAUUUGAGAACUACCGCCAUGGCAUUGACAUCCUGGCGAGUUGGGAACACACUACUGCUCUUCGCACUAUGCAUGGCUUUUUCAGCACGCUGCGGAAGACGAACCUCGCAUUGGGAGAGGAGUCGCUUCGCUACUACCCUGGUUCACCAGCCAUCGCCCAAAGCUUCCUUCGGCCUCAAGAUUCAGCCUUGCUUUUCGAAGCGUCAAGAGAAGUGAGCAAGGUCCUACGAGACAGCCUCUUCCAGCUUCGAGAAGACGUGGCAGCAAGCGUUCUUUGCGCAAAUUCUUAUGAAUGGUUUGCAAAUUUUGCAGGAGGCCAAGAAGUGUUGCCAGUUUUGCCCUCUUCACCUUCGAGGGUCGCAGCUCUGGUCGACCCACCUUACGACUCUGCAAGUUCCUCUGAUAAAUGGAACUUGUUUCUCGUGAAGCACUUGACAAUCAAAUGGCCUUCCAGCUGCAUCUUGCUGUGGUGCCCCUACAUCUCUGACCUGCAAAUGACUCGCUUUCAGCAUCGUCUCAUCAACUUACAAGUGGGCGAGAUAUUGGCAGCAGAAAUCAAAGUGCUCACUGACAGCUCCUCCGGAGAUGUGAUAGAGUCAAGGUCAGCCGUGCUGGUUAUUAACCCGCCUUCGGCAUUUGACGAAAGGUUGGCAGGCCCCUGCCGGGGUGGGCCGAUGUUCUUCAAUGACCUCCUAUCGUUUCGAUAUGGAGAUGCAGCUUGUGCACAAUGCGGCGCCGCACUGAGAUUCGCAGCAUAUGCUGCGUUGGAGUGCACUGAGUGGGAGCAAGGAAGUACAUGUCAUUUUUUCCUGAAAGUGCUUGGGAGAGUUUUCCCAUCAGUUGCAGAGAUGAUUGAUGCUUGCGAUGUUGGCCAGGUAGGACUUGUGGAGGGCAAUGAAUAUCUCAACACGUUUUGGCCGCAAUUUCCGCCCACGCUCAGCGAAGAUGGGGUUCCAGCUCAGAUCGCAAACCCCUUCUAUGCUCUGCCAGGAGACAGGUCGCUCUACGCAUUCAAUGGCAGCUCGACGGUCCCUCCCUGCGGGACGAACACGAUCUGGAUGGUCUUCAAGGAGCCGCUGAUGAUUAGCAGGGCGCAGCGUGAUCUCUACAGGGCCGCACUAAACUUGAGCGCCCCGUCGGGCUUCCUGCGCUUCGCACCGCCCCUCGCAUCUCCACCAGCAGGUGUCGUGCAGCCCUGGAACGCAGAUUUGGGCAUGAAUACUCGGCUUCCGCAACCUCAGGGGUCGCGGCAGGUUCUGUUCUUUCCCAUGUCGAAUCCGCCAAGUCAGAUGCCCUUUGAUGUGACCAGCGGCCAUUUCUGGGGCUUCUUCGGAAUUGGCCUGCUGCUCCUCUCGGUUUUCAUCGGCCUCUUGGCUUUGGCUUACUUGCUAUGUUCUGGUGGCGCGCGCGCCAAAGCCCGUGCUCGGAGUAAGGAAGUGUAUAACCGCAGUGAAGACUUGGCUGAGGACCAGCAGCCGUUGUACAGGUCAUCGGAGCCACCCUUGCAGACGCAGAUGCAUCGCAUGCCUAUGCCUGUGCCAACGCAGCCGCAGUGGCCAUCGAAUGCUGGCAGAGGCAUGAUGACCCGGCCCCAGAUGCCUCAGAUGUCCGGAGCACGGGCGCCUAUGUUAACGCAGCCCAUGAACUUUGGCGGCGCGCCGCAAACGCGCUUUGCCAUGCGCCAUUAA